GAUCUCCGGCCGUGUCACGUCACUUCAAGUGUGGCCCGCGAGGAAAAAGGAUGUGUUUUGGCUUAGCUGCCGCAGUGUUGCCAGAGCAGUAGUCGCGGAGUACCAGACCAGAGUUCAGUUGGGGAUUCUGACCAAGGUUCAGUCGUCGAGGAGCAGCAACCGGCAGCAGUGGGCUGAAAGGAAAGGAACCUAACCUGGAAACUCGUGCAGCUGAGAGCCAGUUUGGAAGCGGAGAGAGCAUAAUAAACUAAGUGAUAUUAGUGUGUGGUGUGGUGAUAGAUGGUCGCUUGUUGGUGAAUUGAACCGCUUGAUUGGUAUUAAGUGGAAGAGUGGAAAAUUGGCAUGAAAUUGGAGAUUUCGACCUGACACAGGAGAGCAGAUCGUGUGUGCGUUUUGGAAGAAAGCUGGGCGGCAGCAGCACUACUAGUGAGAAGUAGUAGUAGAAAAAGAGGAAGAAGUCUAGUGAAAGGAGUUAAGUGGAGAAGAAAAUAAUAUUGAUUGUCAUCUCGAUAGUAGCAGAGGAAGAGUCUGUUUGUGCAAAUAAGAAGGGGAAAUAUAAUAAGUUCAUUUGUGAAUUGUGUACUUUGUGAUCAUCCGUCAGCUAAAAGUAAUAACAAAGUUGUAGCACCAAGUGCGAAUGUAUAUACUAUAACGUUUCAUUGUUGAUGUAUCUUCGCAGCUGUAUUGUAUCUUAUGUCAGUUUAUAAGUAGUAACAGUGAUUUAUAUAAUAAAAUAAUCUACAUUGCAACAUAAAAUUAAUAAAGCAUAACAUAAAAGAGCAAAGAAAAUCAUAAAAAUACUCGACAAUUUCCCUAAAGCACAGUAUCCGUAUCGCAGAUCAACCAACAAUUGCAUACUUUUUGCCCGUGAAUAGCUCGCUCUGAAGCAAUAACAAUCCGGUGCAAGUGCAAGAAAACAAGCUUACACAGGCUUGACACAUCACACACGUGAACACACAGAAAAAAAACGAGAAGAACGUGCCGCCGGAAAAUUCUACCGCCACCGCGCGAUUUUCCACGCUUUUCCGCGCUUUUAUUAAUACUUUCAAAAAAAGAGACGAGCAAAAGCAUCAAAACAUUUCCCAUACAAUCAAAUAAAAAUCUCUUCUACACACACACAAACCGUUCUUCGACAAAGCCGACAAAGUAAUAACAUCACAUACAACGAGCAGUGUGAAGACGAGGUGAGCCUUUUUGUGCGCCACGUGGAAAACGGUAGGUUCGGGGAAAAGGAUUCCUUUCUUUUUUUGCUUCCUAACGAACAGUGAAGAUCAAGCGUCGCGCCAAGCAGACAGUCAAGUCACAGGAGUCAGGAACCGAGCCCUCGAAAAGAGUGAGCAAAGAGGAGCGAGAGAGCGACGGAACUCCAUUAAAUCUGCGAACGGAAAAACUCGGAAAAGUCGAGCGAAAAAAAAGCUCGGAAAACAUCAGAGUGUUAAAACGAGAGAGAGAAACAGAACAGGGUGUUUGAGUGAGCAAGAAAAAAAAAACAAAAAGAGAAAGAGAGUGCUUAUCGAGCAGGUUUGGUGGGUAAAAAAGAGAGCGAUAACAUCUAAAAAAGAGAGAGAGUAAAAAAAGACAAAAAGCAGACGGUGGAAGAGCAGGAGCAGGAGCUCGUAUAAUCAAUUGGGUAAGUGGGUACAUCCUGACCGGUCAUCGCUGUCCAAGCUGCGAGGAUUCAACCCGGACGGUUCGCACAGUGGCAAACUGGGCACUCAUGGGACUCCGAAGCGCCGCGGGGCCGGACAUGAGCCUCCUGUGAAGAGUUUAGCCUUUGGUGACGUCAAACGUCUAGUGUCAGGAAUGCACAGCACUGAAAAUGUUGCUGUGGAACCGAUCAGUGAUCACACAGUCAAUGCCCAGCACCAGCAGCAGCAGCAGCAGGCCACAUCCCAGCGAAUCUCAGCAACGACGGCAACGGCAACGGCCCCCGGUGUUACGGCGAUGGGACACACGACGGUUACACCGAACGCACCGGCAAUCCAAUCAUCGAUCCAGUCCGCCCCGAACCUCGGCCUGGGCAGCACCGGACUGGCCAACAAGGACUGCGCCGGCUGCGGGAAGCGCAUCACCGAGCGCUUCCUGCUGAAGGCCCUGGACCUGUUCUGGCACGAGGACUGCCUCAAGUGCGGCUGCUGUGAUUGCCGGCUCGGCGAGGUCGGCUCAACUCUGUAUACUAAGGCGAACCUUAUACUAUGUAAGCGAGACUAUCUCAGACUGUUCGGCACCACCGGGUACUGCGCGGCCUGCAACAAGGUGAUACCGGCCUUCGAAAUGGUGAUGCGUGCCAAAAACAACGUCUAUCACUUGGAGUGCUUCGCCUGCCAGCAGUGCAAUCAUCGGUUCUGUGUGGGUGAUCGUUUCUACCUAUGUGAUAACAAAAUCCUGUGUGAAUACGACUACGAGGAGCGCCUAGUGUUCGCCAGUAUGGCGUGCAACCCGUCUAGCCUAGCACAUAUACGGAGGCAACCCGCCGGAGAAGGUCUCAUCGGUAAUGUCGGCAGUGGACGUAUGCCGCCAGCCGUUAAUCGACCUGCAUACGUAGCAGACAAACUGGGCCUCGCGCAACAGCAACAGCAACAGCAAGGUCCUCAACAGCAGCAGUCCCAGCAACAACCUCCCCAAGCAGCAUCCAAUCAGCAGCAACUCCCCGGCGGCGGCGGCGGCGGCAAUGGUGGGGGUGGGCCCCAUCUGCAGAACCCCAAUGGCCAACAGCAGCAGCAGCAUCAUCCCAGCAAUCUAGGCCCCCACCGGGACGACGGUUCCAGCGGGUACGGAAGCCCGGACUCGGAAACGUUCGAAACGCCCACCUCCGCCCAAUGACGGCCAGUCGUGCCCUGAUUCUGCGAGGCUCGAGGAGCGGCGACGACGGCCAUUUAGAAUGGGCGAUUGACCCCAGCUCGAUUGAUGAUGUUGGGGAAGGAUGGGAGGGUGGGUGGUUCAUUACUAGAGGAUUGUCGUACCGAUCGGAAGGGUUCUACAAAAAUGUGUGUUCUAGGUCGAGAGAGAAAAACUGUGUGCGACUCUGAAUUGGUACGACGCUGAAUUGACUGUACUGACAUUUAUUUGACAUUUUAUUUGAUAAAAUAAUUAGUUUCGUGCAAAUAGCGCGUGAAAGAUCGUGAAAGAUAAAUAGUAACAACUCUUUAAAACUCUUCUUUUUUACGCGAUCAAAUAAUAUGUUUUGUUUUGUGGUUUUGUUGAGCGAUUUAGCAGAAUGCAUUACUGUGAAAACGAUUGUAUUCAACAAAUAAGGGAGCGUUCUUUUAUUAC